AUGAUUGCUAUGCGUCCCGAGAAUAUAACUCACUGGACCGAUUUCAACAUUAUUGAUAUCAACAAUGCCUACGGAGACUUGCUGAGCAAGCCUUCAAACAUGAUCACAGGACAAGGAGCCGACAAGUCUUUCCGGAACCAGUCCGAGCUCCGAAACUACGCCCUCGAUGCGAUGAUUUCCACUUUGCGUCCGCUGGUGUCCGAGAGCGCGGGUGUGCUUGGCCAGAGACUUGGAUUCUCUCAAACCAUUGAGUGGCAUCGGGAUAUACCUUUAGCUGGUCCGCAAGUUGUUGGACAGGCUCUCAGUCCUAGCUUGACGAUUUUUGCUGAUACAGUGCCUCGGGGAAACCUUGCCACUAGCAUGGUCCACGUCUCAAAGUUCUGGCGUUCCAUGGACAUUGAAAACGGUUCUACGGAUCCUAUCCAGCACCUUGGAUUAUACGCGCAGCGCAGCGGGUCUCGCUAUACUUUUGCGAUAACUGACACCGAAGUAGUUGUCAUUCGCUUCCACUCGCUGGAUGGAAGGGAAACUGGCGCCCAGUGGAACGCGAUUCCGCGUAGUGCGUGUGGCGAAGGAACGCUGACAAUCAAUCUGGCCAUAUGGGCUCUCAUCAUGAUGAGCCUAAAUGACCGACACCGCUCGGUCGUCGAGCAUGCACGAACCGUUCCCAUAAAUGCCUGGUCGGCGCAUGACGGGUUCUAUUGCAACUAUCUUUCAGGACGCCGCCUCUCGUAUCUCCCCACGGGGGCUGUGGUUCUGGAUCAGUUGAUCUAA